AUGAGCACUACCUUCGUUCAGAGCUCCUCUUCUACCUAUGGAGGUGGCUUUCCUGGGGGCUCCAUUCGGGGGACCUCUCUCCUGGCUGGUGGGGGCUAUGGAGGAGGAAGUCUCCACGGAGGUGGUGGUGGUAGUCGGAUUUCUGCCUCCUCAGCUAGGUUCGUGUCCUCUGGGUCUGUGGGGGGCUACGGUGGUGGAAUGAGUUAUGGCUUUGGUGGAGGGACUGGUGGUGGAUUCAGUGGGGGAGUCUGUGGUGGAUAUGGGGGAGGCUUUGGUGGUGGCUUUGAUUUGGGUGGUGGAGAUGGUGGCCUCCUGACCGGCAAUGAGAAGAUCACCAUGCAAAACCUCAACGACCGCCUGGCAUCCUACCUGGACAAAGUACGGGCUCUGGAGGAGGCCAAUACUGAUCUGGAGGUCAAGAUCCGGGACUGGCAUCUGAAGCAAAGUCCUACGAGCCCUGAGAAGGAUUAUAGCCACUAUUACAAGGUCAUUGAAGAGCUCCGGGAUAAGAUCCUGGCAGCCACUAUUGACAAUUCUCGGGUCAUUCUGGAGAUUGACAAUGCCCGACUUGCUGCUGAUGACUUCAGAAUCAAGUAA